CUCGUGGGAUUCGACAUCUAUUCGACAUCUCCAGCUUGCUGGAUUGAUUCAUUUCCCGUGGGAAAAAAUAUAUAUAUAUAUAUAUAUAUAUUAGCACGAAGCCGCCAUGUCUGCCGAACACGACCAAGCUCUGGAGAAGGACGUUGGUCCUGCUGCUCCUAUUGCCGCUGGUCCCACGAUUGCCGCCGUUGGUCCCAAUGGAGCUCCCAAUGUUAUCAUGGGGGAAAAUGGCAUUUCUCGCUUUGACUACGGCCCGUUGUCGCACGUCAACACCAAGGAGGCCGUUCUGCGCCCCUUUGGUGGUGAAUUCCAGCCCGGUCUGUACAAGUCCGUGGAGACCCGCAAGUUGGCCAAUCCUGCUCCCUUGGGUCUGUCUGCCUUCGCUCUCACCACCUUCGUGCUGAGCUGUAUCAACAUGGGCGCCCGCGACAUUACCUCUCCCAACAUCGUCGUCGCGCUUGCUUUCGGUUAUGGUGGUCUGGUUCAAUUGCUUGCCGGCAUGUGGGAAAUGGCUGUUGGAAACACCUUUGGUGCCACCGCUCUCUCCUCUUAUGGUGGUUUCUGGCUUGCCUUUGCGAUUGUCCUGACGCCCGGUGGUUUCAACAUUGAGCAAGCCCUCAUUACUGCCGACGGUGACAGCCCAGAUAUGUUCUAUAACUCUUUCGGAUUGUUCCUGCUGGGCUGGUUCAUCUUCACCACGAUUCUGUUGUUCUGCACCCUGCGAUCCACGGUGGCCUUCUUCCUGCUGUUCUUCUUCCUGGACCUGACCUUCCUGCUGCUUGGCAUUGGGUACAUCCAACGCGACGCCAGCGGUGCCCCCAACCCUCCGGUCAUCAAGGCGGGCGGUUUCUUUGGUCUCAUGGCGGCCUUUGCCGCAUGGUACAACGCCCUGGCCGGUAUCGCAGACAGCAGCAACAGCUUCUUCAUCAUCCCUGUUGCCCACUUCCCUUGGUCUCCCACAGGUCGGACCCGCCGCCAAAAGACCGAGCGCGAGACGGCCUAG